UCAGUUUGGGGAGGGAAUGAGGAGAAUCCUCGGCGAGGAAAAUGCGCGCGAAGUGACGCGACACGCGCCGCUCCACAAGUGCUCCUCGAACCGUCGCCAUCCGUUAACACCGGGAGACCGCUCGCCCUUUCCGAGGGACAAACAUGACUGUGGUGCCCGGGGAGAACCUCGACGAGACUGUGGCACUGGCAGCCCUGUCCCAGGAGGUGUAUGACCCUGAGCGGGCAGACCAAGAGUGCUGCGAGCGGGUGGUCAUCAACAUCUCCGGGCUGCGCUUCGAGACCCAGCUGAAGACCCUGGCGCAGUUUCCCGCCACGCUGCUCGGAGACCCGCGCAAACGAAUGCGCUUCUUCGACCCUCUGAGGAACGAGUACUUCUUCGAUAGGAACCGGCCGAGUUUUGAUGCCAUCCUCUACUACUACCAGUCCGGCGGCCGGCUGAGGAGACCCGUGAACGUCCCCGUGGACAUCUUCAUGGAGGAGAUCAAAUUCUACGAGUUGGGAGAAGAAGUCAUUGAGAAUUUUAAGGAGGACGAGGGCUUCAUCAAGGAGGAAGAGCGCCCUUUGCCUGAGAGCGAGUUUCAGAGGCAGGUCUGGCUGCUGUUCGAGUACCCGGAGAGCUCGGGACCCGCCAGGGGCAUCGCCAUCGUGUCGGUGCUCGUCAUCCUCAUCUCCAUCGUCAUCUUCUGCUUGGAGACUUUACCCGAGUUCAGGGAGGACGGGAAGAUGUUUGAGGAGCACCUCGAGGUUAAUGGAACUGCAGCCAGCGCGAAGAAGCCCAAUCCCUUCACAGACCCCUUCUUCAUAGUGGAGACCCUUUGUAUCAUCUGGUUCUCCUUUGAACUGCUCGUCAGGUUUCUGGCGUGCCCGAGCAAGCCCGCUUUCUUCAAGAACAUCAUGAACACCAUUGACAUCGUGGCCAUUAUCCCCUACUUCAUCACCUUGGGUCUGGAGCUGGCCGAGCACCAGGGGAACGGCCAGCAGGCCAUGUCUUUGGCCAUCCUGAGGGUCAUCCGCCUGGUGCGGGUGUUCCGCAUCUUCAAGCUCUCCAGGCACUCCAAGGGGCUCCAGAUCCUCGGCAAGACCUUGCAGGCGAGCAUGCGGGAAUUGGGUCUCCUCAUUUUUUUCCUUUUCAUCGGAGUUAUUUUGUUUUCCAGCGCCGUGUAUUUCGCCGAGACGGACGACCCCGACUCGGGGUUCAGCAGCAUCCCUGAUGCCUUCUGGUGGGCAGUGGUUUCCAUGACAACUGUGGGAUACGGAGACAUGUGCCCGGUCACAAUCGGUGGCAAAAUAGUGGGCUCUUUAUGCGCCAUCGCCGGUGUGCUCACGAUAGCUCUCCCGGUGCCCGUCAUUGUGUCUAAUUUCAACUACUUCUACCACCGGGAGACCGAGCACGAGGAGCAGAUGCAGUACACGCACGUCACCUGCGGCCAGCAGGUCGGAGAAUUCAGGCGCAGCGACAGUAAAGCGUCCCUCUCCAAAUCUGACUACUCAGAGGAUGGAGAUUCGCUCAAGUACACCAACUGCAGCCCGCAGAAAGCGUACACCGGGAAGCUCACUGAUGUGUGAAUGUAGAAAAACGACUGCUUUAAACAAAACACACACACACACACAGACCCAAAGAAGCGCAACUUUCUCUCCGUGUGUGAGUGCGUCCUCGCCCCUCGCGCUGGUGGCUUGAGAUGUAAAUAAUGCUGUGAGGAACAGUCGGUGUUUCGGAAACUACGACGGAGGAUUUGUACUAUGACGUGAAUGUUUUGAAAACUGUCUUCCAUUUGUUGUGAUCGUUGAAGCGCGAGGCGUGUAGGCUAGCUGUAGGCGCGAAAGAAAAGUAAUUAUAUAGAAUCUAUGGUAUUAUAUCAAUAUAUAGACGCAGGCCCGAUUAAAUCAAUGUGUAGCACUUUAUUAGGCACUCUUAGUUAAUUCUAUGGGGCGUGAUCUGAAAGUUUACAGGUUGUUUG